AUGUCGUCCACGCAGUCAACUACUUGUGUCCACUUCGCAUCCCCGUCUAAAAACGGGUUUGCAUCAUCCUCAUUGCUAUCACUAUCGACCUUCAGUCCAAGAUCAUGGGCUGUUUCAUUCGCACGCUCCUCAAUACUCGCCGUCCUCGAAAACGCUAUUACUGUCGGACAUCUCACAAUCUCCGACUCGGAAGGGACGUACUAUUAUGGGAAAUACCAUAAAGGUUGCAAUGACGUUCACCUUCAUAUUGUGAACGACAAUUUCUGGUUCCGUAUUAUGCUUUCAGGUGACCUCGGAUUCAGUGAAGCUUACAUGAUUGGAGACGUACAAGUAUCUUCGUUGAAGGGUGCCAUGGAUAUCUGGCUUCAAAACCAAUCUGGCAUGGAAGAUACACUAUCUUCGACCAUAGCAAAAAUUUCUUCGGCAGUCUCCAGCUUAUACAAUAACCUCCUUGGUCAAACACGAUCACAAGCACGGUUAAACGCCAUCGCUAGCUACGACCAGUCGAAUGAGCUAUUCAAAGCUUUCCUGAGUAAAGAAAUGAUGUACUCUUGCGCCUUGUGGAGUGAGGCAGAAGGAGGCGUACGCGGAGAUCUUGAAAUGGGACCCAGUCCUGGUGACCUCGAAACUGCACAGCUUCGAAAAAUUAGACAUGUUCUUCGGGCUGCUAGAGUUAAACCUGGCCAUCGUAUUCUUGAGUUUGGUAGUGGAUGGGGCGGCCUUGCAAUUGAGGCUGCAAAAUCUUUCGGCUGUGAAGUCGAUACGUUAACGUUAUCGAUUGAACAGAAAAAGCUCGCUGAAGAGCGUAUAAAAGAAGCCGGCUUGGAAAGCCGCAUCCGGGUGCACCUCCUUGACUACCGCGAAAUUCCCGCCGAAUUCGAGAAAGCUUUCGAUGCUUUUGUCAGUGUUGAAAUGCUGGAGCAUGUUGGGUCUAAAUACUAUAAUCUAUACUUCAAACUAGUGGACUUUGCUCUCAAAUCAAAAAACGCUACUGCCGUUGUUACCGCAUCCACCUUCCCCGAAUCCAGAUACUCUAGCUACCAAGCUGAAGACUUUAUGCGAAAAUACAUGUGGCCAAACUCGUGCCUACCGAGUGCUACCGCCCUCAUUACCGCUGCACAGACCGCAUCGCAAGGUCGCUUUACUUUGGAGGGCGUAGAAAACCAUGCAGCUCAUUAUCCUCGAACUCUACGAGAGUGGGGAAGAAGAUUGGAAGCCAAUCUUACACAAGAUAUGAUUGCCAAAGACUAUCCAUCUCUACAUGAUCAAUCCGAUUAUGCAGCUUUCAAACGGAAAUGGCAGUACCUGUUCGCAUAUGCCGGUGCUGGAUUUUCAAAAGGUUACAUUACAUGUCAUAUGAUUACUUUUAUCCGUGAUAACGACGCCCCAAUUCUCCAAUGCGAUUAA